UGUGAACAGCAGCAGCCGCAGCGAAAACAUGGCGAUGCCCGUGAGUGCGGCUCGUGUCUGUCGCCUGGCAGGACGCACUGUUUCCUCCCUGUCAGCCGGAUACAGGCGGGCUGUCAACCUGCCAGCGAGGACCUGCUUCAUCUCCACAUCCACGGCCAGCAGUCUGCAGUUCAGACUCGACGAGCGAACAGCCCACAGUAGUCUGGACCUCUUCAAGAAAGACACAGGCGUCAUCUAUCGCAUGAUGGGCCUUGACCCCAGCCAGGUCCAAGAUGACCCCGAGCGUUUCAGAGACUGGGCUGUCGUGUUCGGCGACAAGAAGAUCAGCAGCGGACGACACUACUGGGAGGUGACGGUGAAAAAGUCUCAAGAAUUUCGUCUGGGUGUGGCCGAGGCGGCGAUGUCCAGAGACGACUGCGUGGGCACCAACAGCUCCUCCUGGGUGUUUGGUUAUGCUCAGCGGAAGUGGUUUGCCAUGACCAGCAAUAAGAUAGUUCCCGUGACACUGGUGGGCAAGCCGGACCGUGUUGGGAUCCUUCUUGACUGUGAAGGGGGUUUCCUGGGGCUGGUUGACGUGGAGCAGCCCAGGAUCAUUCACACCUUUAGGGGUCAGUUCAAGGCCCCUUUGUGCCCGGCGUUUGGACUUUGGGAUGGGGAGCUGCUCACACACUCGGGUCUGGAGGAGCCCGAAGGCCUGAUGUGAAGCUGGAUGGCGUGAUCGUUGUAAAGGCCGGGAAAAGUAGCAGGCUAGGCUUGUUACCAUGGCAGUACUUAUGACAACAGUAUCUUUAAAGUGGAGAAAAGAAAGCAAUAUCUUUAUGCAUCAUGUCUACCUUAAUUACAUUUUUUUUGUGUGUGUGUGGUCCAGAUGUUUUCUAACCAUCCAGUACUCUGUAUGUCAUCAAGCCUCAGGCAAUUAUAAGUGUACCUCAUGUGCUACCUCUGAGAGGAACAUCAGCUGCCAAGUUGUUUUUGUUUUGUUUUUUUACAUUGAAUGUGCUGGCAUUACCCACCUUUGCAAACUUAAGUCAACACAAAGCAUUUUUCAAGCUAAUGUUCACACUCAAAUUUAA